GAUAAUUAUGGACUAGGAGUUCUCCCCACGAUGGCAUUCGCGAUCUUCAGAACUGUCCUCGCACUUUUUCAUAUCGCACAAGUUUUAGGAUUCGGCGUCGAUCCAGCCCUGGAAAUUGACGUUUUCUCUGCAUUGCAACUGAGCGAUACGACCGAGGGACUUGCCCAGGUUCCAGGAUUCCGCAAUGGCAGCAGAGCCUUUCUGUUCCAAGAUACUGCAAGAAGCCUAAAAGCAUCUCCGUCUGCAGUUGAACACAUCUCUCAGAAGUUAAGACACACACGCGAGUUUACCGUUCUGAUUACACUGAAGCAGGUCCAUUAUAAUUCAGGAGUCAUCCUGUCGAUUCAUCAUUCAGAUAAGAGGUACCUGGAGGUGGAGAGUAGUGGCCAUCGGAAUGAAGUGCGUUUUCACUAUCGAUCUGGCAGCCACCAGUCCCACACAGAGGUGUUUCCAUAUGCUUUGGCUGAUGGCCAGUGGCAUCGAGUUGCCUUGGUCAUUAGUGCAUCCCACUUGAUUUUAUAUGUGGACUGUAACAAGAUUUAUGAACGAGUUAUUGAAAGGCCGAGUAUGGACAUUCCAACUGGCUCAACAUUUUGGUUAGGACAAAGGAACAAUGUUCAUGGCCUUUUCAAGGGUGUGAUGCAGGAUGUGCAGAUUCUUGUGAUGCCGCAGGGAUAUAUUACUCAAUGCCCGGACCUCAAUCGAACCUGUCCAACAUGCAAUGAUUUCCAUGGACUUGUACAGAAGAUUAUGGAGUUGCAAGAUAUUUUAGCCAAGACAUCAGCAAAGCUAUCUUACGCUGAGGAGAAGAUGAACAGUUUGGAUCAUUGUUACUGUGAGAAGAGCUGUAAGGUGAAAGAUCGGGUCUACAGGGAAUCGGUGUAUUGGGCAGAUGGCUGUAAGAAUUGCACGUGCAAGAAUGGAACAGUCCAGUGCAAGAGGCUGAUCUGCCCUCCUGAGAAUUGUCCUCCAGGUAAUGCUCCAGUGUAUGUGGAAGGAAAAUGCUGCAAGGAAUGUCAGCCUGUAUGUGUCCUUGGCAACAAACUUUACUAUAAUGGGCAGAGAAUGACAGACUGGAAAGCAUCAGGAGAGUGUUACCUCCUGGAGUGUAAGGACAAAUCGAUGCAACGUGUUCUAUAUCCAAGCUGCCCUUCACUGCCUUGCUCACGAUCAAGCCAAAUCUCCCUGACGAACAGUUGCUGUAAAGUUUGCAGAGAUAAUGACUUUUGCGCUGAGGGUCCCAAAUGCAUUGAGAAUUCUGAAUGUAGGAACUUGGAAGCUGGUGCAAUCUGCAAGUGCAAAACUGGCUUUACGCCUCUCCGAGAUGAUGAAGCCUACUGUGAAGAUAUUGAUGAGUGUGCCCAAAAUAAACACUACUGUCGAGAGAAUACCAUCUGUGUGAACGGUGCUGGAUCCUACAUCUGUAUCUGCAAAACGGGUUAUAUUAAGGUUGACGACUACUCCUGUACGGAUCAUGAUGAAUGUAGCACAAUGCAGCACAGCUGUGAUGAGAACGCUCUGUGUUUUAAUACUGUCGGAGGCCACAACUGCAUCUGUAAACCGGGAUAUACUGGCAAUGGCACUCAUUGUAAGGCGUUUUGUGAAGAUGGCUGCAGGAAUGGAGGCACCUGCAUUGCUCCCAACCUCUGUGCAUGUCCACAAGGAUUCACGGGACAACUUUGUGAAACGGACAUUGAUGAAUGUGCGGAGGGUUUUGUUCAAUGUGACAGCCGUGCUAAUUGCAUCAACCUUCCUGGAUGGUACCAUUGUGAAUGCAGGGAUGGCUACCAUGACAAUGGUCUCUUUGCAGCAAAUGGAGAGACAUGUGAAGACAUUGAUGAAUGUGGGACCAGGAGACACAGUUGCACCAAUGACACUGUUUGCUUUAACCUCGAAGGAGGUUAUGACUGUAGAUGUCCUCAUGGGAAAAACUGUACUGGGGACUGUGCCCAUGAAGGUAAAAUAAAGCACAACGGACAGAUUUGGGUAUUAGAAAAUGACAGGUGCUCGGUCUGCUCGUGCCAGGCUGGCUUGGUGCUGUGUCGACGGAUGGUCUGUGACUGUGAAAACCCUACAGUGGAUCUUUUUUGUUGCCCAGAGUGUGACCCACGACUAACCAGUCAAUGCCUGAAUCAAAAAGGAGAUGUGACCUAUAAAAGCGGAGACACUUGGGUGCAAGACUGUCAACAGUGCCACUGUGUGCAAGGUGAGGUUGACUGCUGGCCUCUGCUGUGCCCAGAAGCUGACUGUGAAUUUAGCAUGAUCCUUGAGGGCGAAUGCUGCCCGCAGUGCAUCGCAGAUCCUUGCCAAGCCAACAAAAUCCGCAAUGAUAUCACCAAGACUUGCAUAGAUGAGCUUAAUUUGGUCCGCUUUACAGGAUCAUCGUGGAUAAAACAUGGCACAGAGUGUACUCUCUGCCAGUGCAAGAAUGGUCAUGUCUGCUGCUUAGUGGACCCUCAGUGCCUUCAGCAACUUUAAACCGUAAAGCACUCGAUAUAGCAUUUGUUGUGCCAUUUGUAUGGGAUUCCUGUUUACUCUGCAGGGCUAAGAAUUAACAUCAGUACAAAGAUUCUUCAAGAGCAACUUUCCUGUCAGAAAACAAAUUUAUACCAAAUACCAGAUUUAUGUUCAGCCAAAACGGAAGCUGUUAUCAUUCAAGAGGAAAUCGCAUCCUAGCAAGGACUGAGAGUGCUGGAGCUGAAUCACUUUGCAACCAGAGAAAUCAUUUGGAAGCAAGUGCAGGCUUGUUAGAUUGUAUGUGAAAACAAUGUUUUAACAAGUUUAGAAAGAAUAUAUGUACAAGCAUGACUAGAGAGCCAGGAUCUCCAUGCAAGGGAAGUCAUGUGAUGUAUUUUUUUUCCGUUAUUUGUUUGAAUUGUUGUUUCCCAGUUCUAAUGAUUGCUGACUUGCUUGUCUUAGUGCAGAAAUGUCGAA